AUGUCUUUCCAGCCCAUCAAUCCUAAACCCUAUCUGCAGUCGCUCGUCGGCAAGCCGGUGGUGAUAAAGCUGAAGUUCAACAACAUUGAAUACCACGGAAAGCUGCUUUCCAUAGACAACUACAUGAAUCUUUUGCUGGACAAGGACGUCAAGGAGAUCGACACCGCGGCCGAGACGAGCACGGAUCUCGGCGACGAGCUGUUUGUGCGGUGCAACAACGUCCUCUGGGUAGGCGAGAAACACGACGACGCGCAGGCAGAGUGA